AUGCCCUCCGCUUCCGCCUCGGGGGCCGAUGCCUCAUCGUCGUCGGCCCGCAACCGCCAGCACAACCAGGGCAACCAGGACCGCACGUACACGGCGGAGCAGAAGCAGGCCGUGGUGCGCAUCCGCGGCUGCAAGGCGACGGCCUUUUACGAGAUCCUCGAGCUCCAGCGCACGUGCACCGACGCCGAGGUCAAGAAGGCCUACCGCAAGCAGUCGCUGCUGACGCAUCCUGACAAGAACAGCUACGAGCACGCCGACGAGGCCUUCAAGAUGGUCGCGCGCGCCUUCAGCGUGCUGGGCGACAAGGAGAAGCGCGACAAGUUCGACCGCUUCGGCACAGACCCCGACACCAGGUUUCCGACCGGCGCGGCGCCACAGCAGAACCCCUUCGCCGGCUUCGCGAACCGCGGCGGCGGCGGUGGUGGCAUGGGUGGAGGUGGUGCAGGGGGCAUGUUUGGUGAAGACAUCAGUCCAGAGGAGCUGUUUGCGAGGUUCUUUGGCGGCGGAUUUGGAGGAGGACUCGAUACGGGCCCCGGGUUCGUUUUCAACUUGAACGGCGGGCCGAACUUCCGGGUUCACCAGUUCCAGGGCGGCCGGCCGAGGGCACGGCCCCGGAAUCCCGGGCAGCCAGAGGAAGCCAGCCUGUUCAGCACACUUAUGGGCGUCCUACCCAUCCUCCUACUGUUCAUAUUUCCCCUCCUGUCCUCGCUUUUCUCGGGCUCCUCGCCGGCCGUGGCGCCGAGUAUGACAUUUGACGCUCCGCACGCACCCUACACACAAGAACGGACGAUGCCGAAUUUCGGCGUCAAGUACUACCUUAACCCCAAAGACGUGAACACGUACAACGACCACAAGCUACACGCGCUGGACAAGAAGGCCGAGGUGAUUCUGGUGCAGAGGCUGCGGGUUAUGUGCGAGGACGAGAACUCGCACAAGCAGAAGCUCCGCGAGGAGGCCCAGGGCUGGUUCUACCAAGACCCGGACAAGAUGGAGGUGGCCAAUUCGAUGGACAUGCCCAGUUGCCGGCGGCUCAAGUCGCUCCACGUAUAG